CUUUUGAAGUAUUUAGCAUGGGAUGCUUAUCGGGAGAAGCUCUCAGAAUGAUUUCGAAAUAGUUUUCAGCAUUUCAAAUUCAAGAACUCGAUCGACUCCCAUCAAUCACAGGCCGACGCACCUCAAAAGCCGGAUACUUACACUACUCAAGCGAGCAAAGCAAUCCAGCUGGACACCCACUCAGAACGAACCAACAACAACCACUUCAACAUGGAACAACAAGCACUACUACUACCAUCACCCAACAUCAUCCACUCAACCAGACCAAGACCAACACCCAAACCAAAACAACAACAACACACACCCAUCCCAACCAUCAACACCACCCCACCCUACCAAAAACCAUCCAGGCACUCAGAACCUCAAGCCCAACUCAGCCUACCCACUAAACCCAUCAACCGAUCCCGAUCAUCAGAAGAACUACCUCACAACAGAAUCAGACUCCUACCCAACUCAUCACCCUCAUCACCCAUCUCAUCCUCCUUCCAACUACCACUCCUCCCACCAAAACCAAAACCAACCCAACCACAACAACCAACUCAACAACAACAACCAACUCAAACAACAACAAACAUCAGCCAACACGAACAACCCACUCUACCACCACUCUCAAUUCAUCCUACCUCCCAGGAACUCUCCUCACCCACUCAACAACGCCCAACCAGCAACCUCUCCCCCAAUCUAUCAAGAAACCCGAGCUUCUCCUCACCCGACGUCCUCCCUCAACUAGACCUCUCAUCAUCAAUAACUCCCUCUCGAACAGCCCUCAUCUCAACAACAACAACAACAACAACAACAACUGAGCCUAUCUCAAGACGGAGCUCACGGCGAUUCAGUCAAUCCAACAUCGACCCCAUCCUUCAUCAACAACAACAACAACAACAACCACGCAAGUUACACAGCCGAGCCUCAACCCCACUGUUUACGAUCGGAAACCCUGACGAGAAGGAUGACAGUCGGCCCCAUUCUGCCGUCUCCCACCUCUCCACCCCUAGUCUCUUCAAACGGAUCAAGGCCGGCUUGACCCCCAAAUCCUCCUUUGCCUCCUCCUCCUCCCCUCCCCUCUCGACUGCCAUCGAACUCUUCCCCGACCUCACCCCCUCCUCCUCCUCCAACUCUAUCAACCCCAACCUGCAACUCAACAACGAUGGAAUCCAAAGGAGAUCCUCUACUGAUCUUCAAGAAACUGUCGGCUAUUUCGAUCUUAGUAGUGAAAGAUCUAUCUUUCCAUUAUAUAGAUCCCAAUCCGAUUCGAUGGGUCCACAUCAACGACAAACGAUGGAAGAACUACGAGGAACAACGGCCCAGAAAACCAGCACGACAGCAAUGACAACGACGACGGCAGGGACGAAGAAGAAGAGUGGAGGACAGCCGAGUGCCAACAACCAUCCGAUCUCGCGCUCCUUCAGCCAGGCUCGCAUCGGCAGCUCGCCCGCCAAUAGGGGGGCCUCUGAGCUCCGAAUCAACCGCUCCCUCGGCCCGGCUUCCUCCUUCUCUCCUCGCGAAUAUAACCGCGAGGCGUUCAUCGACCCCCGCCUCCGUUCCUCCCCGGCUCCUUCUUCGUUGCCCUCCUCUUCGAUGCCCUUGACUAUGACCUCUGUCGCUAAUACUCAGCGACAACAACAACAACAACAACAACAACAGCAACAGCAACAACAACAACAGACGGCUGCAACGCCCAAAGUCAAACGUCCUACUCGGAACUCUGUCUCUAAUCCUAUCCAACCUAUCAUCGAACUCACCAAAAAAAAUAUGAAGAAGGAGAAAGAGCCUGGCCGUCCGACAACCACAUCUGCAACAGCAAUCUCAUCGACCGUCGGCAAGUCCAAGCCCUUGGAAAGAAAUCCCACGGAUGAAUCCGAGGAGGCUUAUUUGAGUAGGUUGGGCGCUCUGUUUGAGAAGAGUAAGAUUCCGAGCAUCCUAGCAUCCAGUAAUGAUCCGUUUCAUUUAUCGGCUUUGACGAAAUAUAUGAGCUCGUUUGAGUUCAGCCAUGAUCCGAUCGAUCUGUCGCUUCGCAAACUGCUCAUGGUUGUCGACUUGCCGUCCGAGACGCAACAAAUCGAUCGGGUUAUUGAAAGCUUCUCCAAACGAUACACGCAUUGUAAUCCCAAACUGUUUACCUCUCCUGAUCAAGUUUAUAUCCUCGCCUUCUCGAUCAUCAUGUUGCAUACCGACGCUUUUAAUAAGUCUAAUAAGGCUAAAAUGAGUCGCGCUGAUUAUGUUAAGAAUACCAGGAUGGAUGGGAUCCCUAAUGAAUUGUUGGAGUACAUUUAUGAUAAUAUCACCUACACGCCUUUUGUAUACGUAGAUCCAGAUCGAGAUAUCUCAGGCCAAAAGAUCACCAGUCAACAUCAACAAACAACGGAGCAACACACGAGCACCUCGUUUUUCAACCUGGGCGGACACAGCAACAACAUCACACCGAUCCUGCAAUCGAGCAGUAUUUUACCGGGGACGAAGGAGUCGAAGAGCAAGCUAGAUCCGUACCACCUGAUUGCAAAAGGCUCGACCCACGAGCUGAGGCCGGACUUGGGCGCGGUGAUCCCGAGCCGGAACCCGUUCAGCUUCACAGGCUCGGUGUCAUGGUUCGACUUCAAGCGGCUCCGAGACUCCUUCCACCCCUCCAAAUCGGUGAUCAUCCAGGUCGUCAACCUCUCCCCGACCAAGAUCGCAUCGAUCUUCAAACUCAUCGAGGCCGAAGAGCUCCCCUCGGACCACCCCGCCGACGGCUCCCCCUCUACUUCCUCGCCCCUGCUCAGACGGAAUCCUACCCAUGAUGCCGCCCCCACCCUAUCGCCCCUCGAUUCGAAAUCUCCUGCCUUGGUCGCUUCGCCUAUCCCUUCCUCGUCUUCUAAUCCUGUCAUCAACCCCACAUUCCUUAAUCUUCGGGCCAUCAAAGUCGGCCUCGUCCAUCUCAAAAUCGACACCUUUACCCCCUUCUCAACCUCUCCUCCUCCCCCUCUCACCUCUUCUGCUUCUUCUUCUCUCUCCCAUUCUCUUGGUAAUCAUCAUAAUAAUGGCCCGGCUUCCAAUUCGGCUAAUUCUCUUAAUGAAAUCAGUAUGAGUAAGAACGUCAUCAAUAAAAAGUGGAAGCUGUUUUGCGUCUUGCUUACUGCUCGGCAAUUGAUCUUGAUCAAAGAUGUCGGAUUGGCGGGCGAAUUGCAAGAGUCGAUCAAGCUGGCACGGUUCCGAAACGAAGCGAAUCCCGAGGACCAAUUGGUCGUCCGGAUCACCGGUCUGAAACCCGAUCUGGUCUUGUCUCUCGACGGCGGAAUCGCGCUCUUGGACUCGGAAUAUCAACGUAGACCUUGUACUUUUAGAUUGGUGUUGACUAAGGAUCUUAGUCUGUUAAUGGGCGUCGAUGAUCAUGAAGAUAUGAAUUCAUGGAUCACGCAUAUAAAUUAUGCGGCGGCAUACAAGACACAUCGGCUUCCAUUCUGGGUAACAAAUCGAGCCGAGUCGAGUCCCCGAGCGUCGUUCACGAGCAGACCUACCACAGCCACCACGAUGACGAAGAGUAAUACCCAUCGGAUUUAUCAACGAGCCGGAUUGGAUGGGACGCCGGAGACGAUUAAUGGGAUGGGCAGAGGAGCAAACGAAGAUAGUGCAGAGAGUCUGCUCUCCUUUUCCUCUUCCUUGCGCAAAACCGGAGCUCAUCAUCAUCAAUACUCUCAAGGAGGCGAGAAGAACGAGACGAAGGCCAGAAGAUCUGUGGAUGAUCAUCCUAUCCUCUCUCGCACCACUUCUUUCUCUAAUCAUCAUCAUCAUCAUUCCAUGAUCGCUGCCGCCGCUAGACCUUUUGAUCUCGGCCCCUCCUUGAUCGGUGAAAGUCCCCGCUCUAGUAGCACGAAUUCUAAUCGGCUCUCUUUCCUCUCUUCUCAUAAUCUUCCUAGUCAUUGGGAUCUUGUCAGAGCACAAAUCAUCAGUCUGGAAGGUCAGAUCAUGGCGGCCAAGACCGAACUGAAUGAGGAUCUAAGACUGGCGCGUAACCUGGCCGUCUUGACCCCGUUCCAAUUCUCGACUCGGUCCAAGCUACAACUAGCGAUCAUGCCAGUGGCCAAUCGGGUGCGUAACUCGCGAUGUCAACUGUCGAAGUUGGUCUGUUAUCGGGAAGUCUUGGUGCGCGAUCUGGCGCUGGGAGUGGCGCUCUCCAACAAUGGAUCGGGCUCGACUAAGAUCAACAAUACGUCGGAGAAGACGGGGAUCUUGAUGAGGAAGACUGGCGGGUCGAAGGAGGAUGGUCAAGCCGACGAUCCGGGUCAAUUGAUCAUCUCUAGCUCCCCGGCUUCUUGUAAACCAAUCCCUGCCCAGGAGUUUGUGAUCCAAACCUCGGACGAGCGUCGACUCUCUCUGACGAUCACUAGUGGAGACAGAAGGAGUCAUCCCCUCAGUACGCUCGACACUGAGGAUCAUCAGUCCGCAAGCUCAAAAAGAGGCUCUGACCUUCCGGAGUCCUCCGCCGAUCCUGCUCCUCCUCCUCCUGGCCCUUCAUCAAAUUCAACUUCAACUAGCUUGCCGGUGAUCACCGAUAAUCGACCGAUCGAAAUCACCUCUCGACGGCCGCCCGAGUCUCCUCCUCCUGCUGCUGCUGCUGCUGAUACGGCUACGGUUACCGCUGAUCCUUCUGAUGAUCUCACUAGCUCGACUGCGACCAUCGUCCUCCCUUCUGCCGUUAAGAACUUGACUCGAAACCUUCUCGCAAGAUCAAUCGUGCCUUCUAUUUCUGCUUCUCGACAUUCUUCUUCCUCUGCUUCGGUCGCUUCUAAAUCUCCUGUCCUCGUCGAUCUUGCCCAGAACACCAAUCUCUCUCAACCUCCUCUUCUUGACGAUCAUCAUCAUCAUCAGUCGCAGGAAGAAGAGAACGAAGCAGAUAAUCAAAAAGAUGAUGAUGAAACAGAUGAUGAUAGUGAGGGAGGAGAAGGGUUAGCCUCGUUAUGUAAAGUCGGUCGACAUAUUGAAGCCGAUCCUAAUAAUCCUCAUGACCUUCAACAACAACAACCAUCAACGACGACUCGGAUUCGGAAUCACGAGUUCAUGGGCAGAUCGACGAGCAAAUUGACCUCGCAAACCGACUCCUUCUCGUCCUCAUCACCAUCCUCUUCAUGGUCCCGAUCGACGACGACCAACACGAUGAUGGGAAGGAAUCGGUCGGGGACGUCUGGGUCGACCAAGUCGAUCCGCGAUCCCCAGCUCCAGCACUAUCUCCAUUCAUCCUUCAUCGCUAGUCAUCCUCAUCUCCUCCCUGCUGCGGAUAACGUCUCCAACCCACUCCUCCCGUCCCGCUCCCCAAAUCAUAAUCCUUCGCAUCAUAUCAACUCUCCCGUGCCCUCCUCCUCGCUCGGCUCCAUCGGAAUGAACAUCUCCUCCUCCGUCCCCAUUCCGCUCGUCUCUUGGUCCUCCUCCUCCUCUAGAACUCCACUCAAAGCGUCUGCUUCAUUGUCUGGACCUUCUUCUUCUUCUUCUGCUGCUGCUGCAUCGACAUCGACAUCGACGUCGACGUCGGCUUGGAGACCUCCCUCCUCGUCCAGUCGGCCGUCUUCUAUCCUCACCCAUUCGAUCUUCGACCCUCCUACUUCCCCGGUCUCGGUUUCUGCCCCUUCUGGCCCACCACUCGACACUCCUACUUCCAACCCUCCUCCUCAUCCUUCUACCCACACUUCUUCUUCUUCAGCUUCAGCUUCAGCUUCUUCAGCUUCAACGACGACGACAACGACGACGAUUCAAAGGACUCGCAAACGCUCCGCUCAUCCGCAUCUUCUCACUCAGCUCGUUCCUGGCUCCUCGUCGGCGGUCGAUCGGAAUGCCGCUCGAGCUCGGAUGCUGCUCAAAGCCCGCGCGUUGGAACAGAGUUCUGGGGGACUGCUCCACCAGAAAAACAGCAAGAAGAGCUCGAAUGGUUUGGCGGAUGGGGGCCUGGUCAGGUCGCUUGAGGGAGCUCCUCCUUCCACUUCUACUGCUACUGCUACGGCAACCCCAAUCGGACUUAAUCCAACUACUAGUAGUAGUAGUAGUAGUAGUAGUAAUCAACAACAACAGCUUAAAGAUGGCGGGACCGGCGGCUCGGGGCGAACUACCGGCUCUAUCAAAUCUACCGCCUCUUUCCUGGGGGUCUCGAAAAAACUCCAUAAGGCUUGGGGGCUGCCUUGACCCCCCCUCUUUCUUUUUCUUUUUUGUUUGUUUUUUGGGGGGGGGUUCUUCUGGUUCUUGCAUUUUCAAUUUUUUUUUUCUUCUUUUGUCAUCAUCAUCUUUUUUUUUUUUUUUUUUGCUGGUUAGUUAGUUAGUUAGGUUUGUUUUUAUGAGCUAAAUAUGUAGGUUUUUUAUAGGGGGUAGGGUAGGGUAGGGUAGGGUAGGGUGUUUGAGAGAGAGGUUUUCAGAUAGGACUCAGGAGGGUGUGUGCAGGAUGAACGGGGGGGUGGUGGUUAGUGAUGUAGUAGUGAAGGGGGGGUGUUGUAUACUUAUUAUACUUAUUUUGAUGCGCUUUUGGGUUCCCGGGUUCUUUGUUUGUAAUCAUCAUCAUCAGCAGCAGCAGCCCUUAAUUUCUUGGAUUUCAUACAUCCACUACUCGUCUGGGAUUUUAUCUGCUCUAACUGAUCUGUUAAUGGUAUAGAGCCUUAUACUUCACCUUGCUUUAUAUCAUCCAUCAACUCCUGUCUUGCGGGUUCCUUUCAGCUCUCACUUAUUUAUGCAUUUUUAUGUUUAUUUUUUUAUUCAGUCUACUUAUAAGUGGAGGCUGGGUUUAU